ACACACACAAAAAAAAAGAAAAUGCAAAGAGUGUGUUCUAAACCAAAUAUUUUAUUAAAAAGAUAUACUAGUAUUCGACCGAUUACAUGUUAUGGCUUACGUUACUCAUCAACAACCAUUAAUAAGGAUGACAGGCAUAAAGUAUAUGCCUUACCUUUUAAUUUAUCUGAAGAUACAAUACGUCAGUCUAUCAAUUUUGCUUCUUAUGCCAAUCAACAUUCAUUCUUUGCUAUUUUCGAAAUAAUUAAAAGUCUAUUCACUAAAAAAACACCUGAAGUGAAAAAAUAUGUUACAAAUAUGCAAAUUCGUAAAGUCUACCUCCCGUUUUGGUAUUAUGAUAUGGCUAUAUCUGCUGAUAUUACACCUUUCUUAACAAAAGCAGGUGAAACAGACGAGACUAUAUAUCAAGAAAUAAGGCCUGAACAACAGAUAUUAGGAAUUGGAUUUAAUUGUUAUUGGCCAGGACACACAUGGGACCCUGUCUGUUAUUUAAGCUUUAGGUCAUGUCUAACAACAUGUUUGACAGAACUUGUCCCUUUUACACCUAAUCUUUGCAAAGGAGAUAUAGAGGUUUUACCUUUUAGUGCCAAUCCUCUUGAAGAUUUAUCAAAACACGCUUCAAAUGCUUUAGAGAAUUUAGAAAUCAAAUCAGCAUUGCAUAAAAAUAAUGUUAUCAUUAUUCGCAAUGCAAAAGUCCUAUUUAAUGCAGCGUAUCCUAUCUAUUUGCCUGCUUAUAUCGUUCAAUAUACAAAUGAUAACCAGAAAGAAGGAAUGGAAACACAAAGAACGGUAGUGAUUGGCGCCCAUAAUUCUAAACCCAUUCUCCAUUACUGGGAUUCUAACAAAACUGGAGUAGAGCAAUGGAUUAAUAACGGUUCCUGGAUGAAUUUGGAUCUUUCUGCACAAACAUGGAAUAUAAAUACUGAAACGCGAUCCAUGAUUCGUCAACUAGUAGAACGAUUUACGAAGGAGGCUGUAGGAAACUUUCAAACAAAAAAGAUAGAUUGGACAGAUGAUUGCAUUCAAGCUUAUCCAAAAUAUCAACAUCAAAAUAAAGCAUAUUUAGCCCAAUUGUUCAAAAUAUGGUCAGAACGCAGUAUGCUUCAACUUCUUGAACAAAUGGGUGAAAAUCGAAUGGCAGUUGGUUUACAUCCACGAGUUGACAAAUCUAAUACUGCACCUAGAAUACGAAUGGUACCAGUUAAAGAACUUCGUCAGAAUAUUACCAAUGAUGUGAGACAUGAUUUAAAUAAGUUAGAGGAACUUGAACCUGCUUGGUAUAAACAGUAUAUGAAGAAACAAAAUGGUGGUAAAUUAUAGUAACAAAGUCUUGAAUAUGUAUACAAGUAUGAUAAAUUCAUUACCUAAGAAUUAUCAUUCAUUGCUAAUAACUUGUCUAAUAUAAUAUCCAUUUAUCUUAUUAUCUUUUUAAAAAAAUAAA